AUGGAGUCUGAAGAGUUUCCGAUUGGCUCAGCCAUUACACUCAAGGACUUUUACGUUGAUAAUUUGUUGACGGGUGCCUCUGCUGUGAGCAUGGUCAUUGAAAUCAUGUGGCAAGUCACGGUCUUGUUUAAACGACCUGGUUUUCCUCUACGCAAGUUUGCUGCAAACAACGUGAAAAUCAUCGACGACAUACCUUUAGAUGACAGAGAAGAAAUAAUUACACUAGGCGACUCAGAUUACGUUAAAACUCUCGGUCUGAGAUGGUCACCUUCUAAAGAUGUUUUUUUCUUCAGCUACGAUGAACCAGCAGUAUCGCGUAAACCAACCAAACGUUCUAUAUUAUCACAAAUAGCUGCCUUGUUUGAUACUCUUGGGUUGCUGAACCCUUUCAUCGCCCCCGGCAAAAUCCUGAUGCAACAACUCUGGGAACUGCAGUUAGAUUGGGACGAAAGCGUACCUUAA